CAUUGCUGAGUGAACACAAUGGCAGACGACCCUGUAACGGUUGAAAGAAAAUUUGGUAGUCUUAGCGAGUACAGCAUACAGGUGAACCGAUGGAUCUUAAAACCAAUAGGCGCUUGGCCCUUCUCAAAUUCUACUACUAACCGUGAAAAAUUCAUGUCAUGGAUUUUGAAUGUAAUUUGUUGGUGCUUUUCAUUGUUCACUAUAAUUCCUGGAGUAUUAAACAUCCUGCUCGAGAAAGAAGACCUUUACCUCAAACUAAAAAUGUUUGGUCCGCUUAGUCAUUGGUGUGUCGGAGGAUUCAAUUACGCUGUGUUGUUGCUACGCCAAGGUGACAUACAUUAUUGCAUAAAACAUAUAAGAACCGACUGGAAGACUAUAACAAGAUUGGAAGACCAACGAGUAAUGUUAAAGAAUGCAAAACUCGGUCGCUACAUCGCGUGUUUCUGCGCCGCUUUCAUGCACGGGAGCGUCUUUUGCACUUGCCUUGUAUUAGGAGCAUUUAAACGAACCAUCGAAGUCAGAAAUGAGACCAUCCUCGUAUAUACUUUACCUUGCCCAGCGUAUAAACUUCCAGUUCAAACUAAUCCAGGACACGACAUCAUUCUUGGUACACAAUUUUUAUCAGCAUUUAUCGCAACAUCAAGCGCCGCUGGCGCGUUUAGUCUUGCUACAGUAUUCGCAAGCCAUGCUCUUGGUCAGUUAAACAUAAUGGUAACUUGGAUCAACGAGUUCGUGAAUCAGCAUUCGAAAGAUCAAAAUAGUAAUGCUCGAGCCAAUAAAAUAGGCGUAAUCGUGGAACAUCAUUUGAGAGCUCUAAGUUUGAUCGCACGUAUCGAACGUAUUAUGAGUCCAAUAUGCUUCAUGGAAAUGUUCAAAUGUAUGCUGGGUAUGUGCAUGCCUAGCUAUUACAUUCUUGCGGAAUGGUCUGAACAUAAUAUUCAGAACAUAGCUGCAUAUGUUAUGAUAAUUAUAUCUAUGACUUGCAACAUUUUUUUAGUAUGUUACAUCGGUGAAAUAAUAAUGGAAAAGUGUAAAAAGGUUGGAGACAUGGUUUAUAUGGCAGACUGGCAUCAUUUGCCUGACCAAGAUAUCAUAAAUCUGAUUAUGAUCAUUUCUCGGUCUAGCAUGGAAGUUAAAAUAACUGCGGGAAAGAUCAUUGACAUGUCCGUAUUAACAUUCGCUAAUGUACGUGUUCUCAAUUUUGUUAAUUUUGAAAGAAUAAAUAUAUAUGGAAAAAUAAAUAUUCAUGGAAUAUUCAAAAAUAUUCAUGGAGUCACGUGUGAUUGCAGAUAGUAAAGACAGUUUUUGCGUAUCUAAAUAUGCUAUGUCAGACGACGAUGACGUAAGCUGCACAUAUCUUUAACGUAUAUCUACUUAGACAAUAAAGUUUAUCAUUUUUCUGUUGAA